CUUCUUUCCCUUUCAAGUCUUCCAACUUCCAACCCAUCAAUUUAAAAAAAAUAUUUAUUUAUUUCUAUUUCUCAUUUCUGCUAAAAAACUCAAUAUAUGAAACCCUAGCCAGUGCCAUUUUUACGUUAACAAAUUCCAAUCAAAACAAAUCCCUAAUCCCCAAAUUUUUGUUCUCAAGUCGAAUUCGUUUCCCUUUGCUUUUAUUGUAUGGUUUGGGUUACUACAAACAAUCUAAGAGAUUUCAGCAUCCCUGCCCCAGCAGCAGCAGCAGCAACGAAACCCUAGAAAUCUCCCGUUUCAUCUCUCCCUUGUCAAUGUAAGCCUCUCCAUUUUGCAAUCUCCUGUUUCUCAAUUCCGUUGUUGCCGAUGAUUGCUCUGCCCACAGUUUCGUUUGCUUUCAGUGUGAACCAGUGCAUGAAAAUGCAAGUGCUAAAUUUCCCCCUUUUCUUAUUUUGAAUUUGAAUUGUUAAGUGGAUUUUCGCUUUGUUAUCUUUUUAAUUAGUGUGUUGGUUUCGAUGUGGAAUAACUGAACCGAUUGAGAGUGCGCUGUGAGGUGAAAGAAAAAGGAAGAACAAAAAAUGAGUAGGCUAUCGUUUAGGCCACGCCCAUUGGACAUACACAAAAAGCUACCGAUUGUUAAGUCAGUCAAAGACUUUGAAGACGAUGACACUCCAACUUCCGCUACUCGCAAUUCUCAAAUGCUCCGUCUUGCUGCUGUCGAAGUUGAAACCGAGGUGCCACCACUUGCUACCAAGAAACUGGCUCCUGAAAUACCUACACCUCAGUUUGUUGUUGUGGAUACUUAUGAAAGAGAUUAUUCUCGCACGUUCUUUCAACCCACAUCCUAUUUGCGAGCAAGGGGAGCCCGGGCUGAGAUUGGAGAGUUUGUUGAGUAUGAUCUAGAUAAUGAGGAUGAAGAUUGGCUUCAAGACUACAACAAAGAUAAGAAGAUUCUUGCACCUGAAAAGUUGGAGAGUCUUCUUUUUAAGUUGGAGGUGUUGGAUCAUAAAGCUCGUGAAAGAGCUGGAGUUAUAACACCUACUCUUGUUUCACCAAUUCCUGUGUUGUUGACGAUGGAUGCUGCCAUUGAGGCCUUGCAAUCUCAAUCCAUCAAAUAUGGAGUCUUUCAGGCGGUUUAUAAUUAUUGGAAAGAAAAGCGUGAACGGUGGCAGAAGCCUAUUUUACGCCGCUUGCAGCCUCCUCCGCCAGUUAAUGAUAACAACCCCUACAAUGUCUUUAGGCCAAGGGAAAAAGCUCACAGACUUCACACAAGAAGGAUGCAAAGGAGGGAAAACAAUGUGCAGUCGUUUGAAAAGCUUCGCCAGGUCAGGCGCAACCUAGAUCAAGCCAAGACCUUACUUGAGGCUUUGAUUAAGAGAGAGGAGAAGAAGAGAAAUGUUCUGGAAUGUGAAGUUAGUCUUCAGAGGAUCCAAAUGAAGUACAAGCACGAAACUGAACUCCUCGAAGAUAUUACGCUUCCUGGAUUUCCACCAAUAUCUAGCAAGUUUGCUUCUAGUGAAGAUGAGUUUAUGGACUCGGAUGACCUUGCAAACAGCCGUCCACGUACACGACCUGCUGCAGUUCAGAAUCCACCUCUAACAGAUUCUAAUGUAGGCAUGGCUCCUACUGCAAGCGUUAAGCAAGAGUUCCGGCGGCGACAUUUGUUGCAUGGAUGGCUACAUAAACUGGAUCCUCUUGAGCCAGUUUUGUUGUUCACAAAACCACUAGUUCCGGAUAAGCUGGCAGCUGCAAACAUUGUACCCCCAUCUGAUUCUUCAACAAAAAAUGGUGCCUCUACACCACCCUAUAAAUUCCAUGGAAGAAUGGGGCGUGGGGGCCGAAUUGUGUUUGACAGAUGGAAUCCUCUCAUGCAUACACCAAUCGAUUACAGUAACUCAUUUUACAUUCCGCGGAAGCCGCGGCCUUCAACAUAUAACUAAUUUGUGGGACUGAGCAAAGCUGGUUAGGUUGUUGAAUGUUCUUUGAGCCCUGCCUUUCGGUGUUUUUCUGCCGGCAGUGGCGAUACAUCUAUGUAUCCAUUUCUUUUCUUUUUUGCCUCAA